AAGUUUUGUUUUCUGGGUGUUGGGUUUCUUAUUGUAAACAAAUUUACAUCAAUUUUACGCCAUCUCGUUGCCGAUUUUGUAUAAGUUUUGAGGUAGUGAUCUGUCGUUCAAUUAAUACACGAUGAACGAAGUCGAAGCGUGCAUGAAGAAGGGAUGUAUUUGGAAAACUUUACCGGAGCAGAUUAAAUCGGCGUUGAGUCAUUCAAAAGAGGAAUAUGACCGCAUGUUGUUCAACUACAGUAUUCGUAACCAGCUUCGAUACAAAACAUCAGCCGUACGCCAUGUUUUUGAUGAUGAAAGAGCAUAUUACAACAAACUAAUGAACCAUAGUAGACGACAUCUUAUGCUGUAUCCAUAUCAUUUGCAAGAAAAAAUGAUUGGUUUACGUGUCACUCCGUUUUCAUAUUACUUAACCAUGAUGGAAGGUAUUAUGAUGCAAAUCAAAAGUUACGAUUCACUUCCUAACUUUACUGCUGCUGAUUGUCUCCGUGUGCUUGGGAUUGGACGUAACCAAUAUAUUGAGUUAAUGAACAGAUGUCGUUUGAACCGAAAGUUCAAGAUAAUGUCAAUGAAGAGAAUUGUAAAUGUGCGGGAAUAUCUGCCAAUAGUUCCUGUAGAUAUCCCGUUACAACCGUGGUGGAUUGUGUGCGUGGGGUUUAUUACGGAAGAAGACAUGAAAGGAUGUAGUCCCAGGAUGCAGGAUUUGAUUGACAGCUUGAUAGAUUGUGGACCUCGCAUAGCAAGCAGCAUCAGUAUCAACCUUAUACAUAGUUUGUACACCAGAGGUCUCAUCUACCUUCAUAUUCCUAUUGAAGAUUCAACGAGAAUUUACGUCCCGCCACUCGAGGGUUUUGUCAUGAACCGAGUCCUCGGAGAUUACCUUGAAACGUUGCUUUAUAAGAUCUUUAUCUCGAUCGACGAACGAACAACAGUUGCCGAACUCUCACAGAUUCUUGAUACGAGCAAAUCUAUGGUUAAGAGAGCAAUUUCUCUUUUCUGUCGUUUGGGAUUUGCGCAGAUUCUCACCAACGAUGAACCAACUACAGUUAAGAUGCAUUAUACAUGGAGGGAAAAACUUCAGCAAGAUUCAACGCUACACAAACAUUCGAAAAUUUCAGACUCUGGAUCAGACAAUAUUAGUAUACCUGGAAAGUCGGAUGGGAAACUUCUAACAUGGAGUAUUGAUCACGAUACUUUAUCCAUGGAUUCACUUAUAAUGGAUGACUUGAGUGAUGCGUUCAGCCAAACAAGCCUUCCCACCCCCACCUCACCCAUUCAUCACCCUUGUCGCCAUGGGAAACGUAUAAUGUUUCUAUUUGAUUCAUCGUUAACUGCGUUCCUCAUGAUGGGAAAUCUAUCCAAUGGUUUAAAGAACCACGCAGUAACAUUAUACGAGGUUGGCAAACUAACUGAUGAAUCACUCGAUAAUUUUGUCCACGAGUUGGACGCGAUACACACCAUGCCAGGGUGGGAGGGGGAAGCAAGGAGAUACCAACAACAUGCUCUUGUGUUAAGAUCAACAAUACUUUCCCUUCGACAAAACAAACAACUGACGCAACACUUGAGUGAUAAUGAUGAUUAUGACAUCACAGAAGCAGGCAUCGGACUUGAUCUCGUACGAUCGGAAAGUUUGACGAGUCUUGACCGACCAACCAUGAAUAGGUUGCUUAAUAAGAACUACCACAUAGCCAUAGCAAUGUCACCCCUCAGCGAAGUCGGAAUAAUUUCCGAUUCUGAUUCGUUCCACAUGAUCGGGCCUACGUCACCCGUUAUCGCCUCCGUGUGGAUGAAGUUAUACAUCUACGAGGUUGUCGGAUCCGGUCCCGUUUCCGUGCUUUUCCCGAUUCAAUCGCAACUUUCUUCACUGCCAGAUGUAUUUAAUGAUUACGAUGAGUUAUUAGUGACCUCAUUCACCCAUGAACCAGUGGUGGCGAGAUCAUCCAACGUGAUGUUCAUGAUUCAUGAAAUACUUCAUAACUCACCAGUUCUUGUGCAGGGAUACAGUCGUAAGAAUUGUCGCCCACGGAAGGUUUACGUCCCGUUCCAUCUUGCCUCAGAUCCCCAUGGAACAGGUGAUGCGGGAGGAUCUUCCAUCCUCGCAAGAUUAUCUGAUAAGUUAUCACUUCAACAUACAUGUGGAUACGUUACUCUGCUCAAUAAUUUAAGCUCGAAAUCCAGUGAAGAUAAAAAUGAAGCUGAAGAUGACUAUUGUUUGUUGGAUAUUAACUUUGGAAUUCCACUUUUUGAUGAAGCACUCAACCAUGAAGUAUGCAGUGGGUUUGUUGCUUCUAAUAUUUGUAGCAACGCAAGUUUGAAGUUGCUUGCUCAAUUCAAUGAAAAGUUGUUAAAAGACGUCACAUCAUUUAUUCAGUCUCAAAACGAGUGGCGUGACCCCUCCGUCCACCCAAAACUAACGAUGACAAAACAUAAAAACAAAGUUCCGUUUCCGAUGUCCACACUAAUAUUUGACGGCAGUAAAGUCCAUUCAUUGAAGCGGAACAAAUAACAACGCAUCCCAUGUAGCACCCUGUGCAAUAUCCUUACAGUGUUGCCAUUUUCAAAACGCCUGCACUGCGCUUAUACCAAAUGAAGCAUGCUCGUGAAACACUUUUUUUUCGCAUGCAAUUGUGCCAUAAGCGAGUUGUUCUCGCUCGUUUUUUUCCAGACGCAAUAUUUUUGUAAUGAAAGCUUGCCUUUCCAUAUAAACGUACACAUCAGCCGCGUAAAUAAUUGUUUGCGUAUACAUAACAACGUGUAUCACUGGAUAUUUUAUUUUAUUGCAAUAAACGAUACGGAAUUUCUUCA